AUGACUUCCUCAUCACAACAAGCCACAUUGAGUGUGGAUAUAACAUCUAAUUUCACCAUCCCAUCAACUUAUAAAAAUGAAAGAGAAACCCAAUUUUUUGAAACUUAUAAGGCACCAAGUUUCUCUGUUUCACUUUUUUCAACUACUAACAAUAAUAAUAAUAGUAAUGUAUUGGAUGCUCAAAUGAAAAUUAUCGAUGAACCAUAUUUAUUCCAAAUAAUUUUAAUCGAAGAUAUUAAUAAACCCUUAUUACAGCAAUUUGAUGAUUUGUCAACUGAAAUAGACCCAAAAAAACAAAAAGUUGAUAGAAUAUCCACAUCAAGUAACCCCAAUAAUAAAGAAAAAAAAAAUAAUUUGGUCACUUCAAUUAAUGUAGAUGUAGAUGUAGACAACAACAACAAUAAUAAUCACAGUGAUAGUGAUAUAAAUAACAAAAUCUACAAAUUGACCAUACAGGAUAAGUCGGGAAAAAUGUAUUUUGCCUUUAACAUUGAUUAUAUUCCAUUUUGUAAAAAUAUGUUAAAUCCUCUACUUUCACCAAAGCCUAGGUUGUUGGGCACUAAAAUAAUAAUCCUACCUGGUGCAAUUUUCAACAGAGGUGUUUUCAUUCUAAAUAAUGCAAAUGUUAAAUUUUUAGGAGGCGCUAUUAAAGAAUGGAACCAUAAUAUAGAGGGGAAAAUGAUAUAUUACUGGAAAGCUAAGUUACAACAGUUACAUGAACAACAAUUAAAUUCAAAAAAAAAGAAAAUUACAGAAACAUUUUGA